GCUUGUGCAUCCGCGUGUGUACACAAUCCUGUCGAUAAUUCAAUGUAAUUCGGUUGGCUUGUCCUUGGUGCAGGACCGACAUGUGCGGAGACGACAGGAGCUGCGGUCUCCUGGGGAUGGCGAAGCUCGCAGGCAUUUGCGAUCCCGAUAACCAGGCGGUCAUAUGCCAGGACAACGGUCUGCGGUUGGGCUUCACCAUCGUCCACCAGAUCGGACACGCUUUGGGAAUGCUUCACGAUAUUGAUGAUCGGAACGAGACGUCCAUCAUGGAUCCGUACAUCUCGCCGAAGAUGAACCACUGGAGUCCGUGCAGCCGUCGCUCGUUUGCGAAUUUUAUUAAUUCAGGUCUCGGUGCAUGCCUGUACGAUCCGCCGACGGAUCACAGCUUCGUCCUGAUGGACGCCUUGCCCGGGGUCAUGUACGACGCCGACUACCAAUGCAGGGAACUGUUCGGACCCAACGCCGGCCUGUGCAUGACCGGACUC